AAUUGAGCUAAUUAAUUAAGAAGAUGGUGCAGUACUUAUCUAGUUUAUUCAACACCUUGUCAAAGAAGAAUAGAAUUUUGGCAAAAGAAUCUAAGAGGAAUAAUCAACUUAUGCUGACAUCAUCAUCCGACGCAGUUAUUAUGAUAAAUCCCGAUAACCGUAAAAAUUACGCUGCUGGUUAUUCGAAACGAGGCAAGAAAGGGAUCAAUAAUCAAGAUUGUUUCAUUAUAUCGGAGGAAUUCGGGUGCCGAGAUCAAGACACGGUUUUUUGUGGUGUUUUCGACGGGCAUGGUCAGUGGGGCCACCUUGUGUCGAAAACAGUUAGAAAAUCGAUGCCGUCUACGUUGCUUUGCAAUUGGCAAGAAAAUGUUGCACUAAAUGCACAUGAUCUUGAUUAUGGAUUAGGGCAAGAAAACAGAGGGAAUAUCCAAUUUGAUAUGUGGAAGCAAUCUCAUUACAAGACUUGUGCUGACGUGGAUCAAGAAUUGAAACAAAACCCUCGUAUCGACUCUUUCUACAGCGGUUGCACCGGUUUGACACUUAUCCGACAGGGUGAUCUUAUGAUAAUUGCGAAUGUUGGAGAUUCUCGAGCGGUGCUAGCGACUACUUCGGACAAUGGAAAUUUGGUUGCAAUUCAGCUUUCGACAGACUUCAAACCGAAUUUACCUCAUGAGAGUAAACGGAUAGCAGAAUCGAGAGGGAGGGUAUAUUCUUGUCCAGAUGAAGUAGGAGUGCAUAGACUAUGGAUGCCGAGGGGCGAUACGGUAAAAGGUCCCGGUCUAGCUUUAUCGAGGGCGUUUGGUGAUUACUAUAUAAAAGACUUUGGUCUUAUUUCCGAGCCAGAAAUCACACAAAGAAACAUAACUAGUACAGACCAGUUCGCUAUUUUAGCUACUGAUGGGGUGUGGGAUGUUGUUACUAAUCAAGAAGCGGUGGAAAUUGUCGGAUCGACGAGGGGAAGGGCAGAAUCGGCAAAGAGAUUGGUCGAAUUUGCAGUUUGUGCUUGGAAAAGAAAAGGAAGAAGUGCUGUAAUGGAUGAUAUUUCAGCUGUUUGUCUCUUCUUUCAUUGUUCAUGAGACUAAACAAAAAAUGCUCUGUAAAAAAGAUGUUUCAUAUAUAUAUAUAUAUAUAUAUAGUUCCUUAUAGUUUUGGAUUGUUCAUUUGCAUUUGUUGUUAGUUCUUGAAUGAAUUCACCAUAAUGAACAAAAGCAGUGACAGAGGCCAAAUUCGAGGCGCAAUCAAUAUAUUAUUAUUACUCGUUU